AUGAGCAACACUCUAAAAAUUGAUGGUCACACUAAAGAAGCCAAGAAGUUAGGAAUGUUCUCGUUUACCUUAGCGGAAGAAACUGAAGAAUGGUUUUAUUCUUUACCUGCACGUAGCAUCACAACAUGGGAAGAAAUGGAAAAAGCAUUCCUGAAUGAGUAUUUUCCAGCAUCGGUGUUUUUGCGGAAGAGGUAUGAAAUGUUUGUGAAUGGUCUUAAAAUAAAUACCAAACAACUAAUUGAUACUGCAGCUGGUGGUUCCACAAAUUUUUCAACAUCCUCCGGUAUUAAGAAGAUCAUUGAAGCUAUUGCUGCCAAUGAGUACAUGGAGUUGUACGAUAGGUGUCAAAGCAAACCAGAAGGGGUGAUAGAUUUAAAGUUGGAAACUACGAAAAUCCGUAUUGAAGAUACUAUAGCUGCUGAAGUUGAGAAAAAGCUGAAGGCGAUGAAUAUAGGUACUCGACAGGUGGCACAGAAAAACACUACAACUUCCAUAAAAAAUCUUGAAGUCCAGAUGGGUCAAAUCGCUCAGCAAAUAACAUCAAGUUCUCAAGCACAAGGUGUUCUACCUAGUGCAACUGUGCCCAAUCCUAGAGAGCAUCAUAACGUGAGCGUUGUGACAACACGAAGUGGUAAAUCUGAGGAAGUUAUUGAGGAAGUGGAUGAAGAGGAAGACCAAUUGAUCAAAGUGGACCUUGCGAUCAAAGAAAAUGAAGUUGUUAGAGAAGAAGUGGUAGCACCGAAAUCGGUUGUGAAAGAAAUGGUCAUUGAGCCCAAGCCGGUUGUUAAGCUCCCAUUCCCCACGAGAAACAAGAAAAAAAGACAACAUGAGAAAAAUUUCGAAAAUUUCUUAGAGUUGUUCAAGAAGCUGGAGAUUAACAUUCCUUUGUUGGAGGCACUUGAACAAAUGCCUACUUUUUCCAAGUUCAUGAAGGAUAUCAUUUCGAAGAAGCGUACCGCCAACACUAACCUGAUCCUUCUAACCGAAACUUGUAGUGCUAUUUUGCAGGGUAUGAAGAUUCUGAAAAAGAAGGAAGAUCGAGGAGCUGUCACCAUCCCGUGUACAAUUGGAGAUAGGUCGUUCAACAAAGCUCUUAUUGAUUUGGGAGCUAGUGUGAGUCUCAUGCCAUUAUCCAUUUACAAGAAGCUUAGUAUAGGGGCGGUGCAAGAUACCAAGAUGACACUCCAAUUCGCAGAUCAUUAG